UCACGGCGCAUUACCGACACUGGUUGAAGUCAACUGAAAAAAGAAGUGAUUCGUUCACUCUCGUUCACUGAAAAGAUUUGUUCUUUUGAACGAAUCAUCGUUCACUCACGAGCCAACACUACCCGGAUGUGACAUACAUUUUCAAACAAAGCCCGGCCAGCAAAGGAGCGGAAAACACAGUUUUGUUUUGUUUUCGUGUUGUUUUUCCUCUUUCUUUUUUUAAAACUGUCUGGCUUUUGACAUGUCUCAAACGUUCCACGUGGUUCAAUGUUUCCGCUGCGACUGCUUCCAGGUGCACCAAGUAAGCAGGCAGAUGAACGCAUCAAGUUGACACUCUUACGAAUCAAUGCAUCCGAACGGAAUGUUCGCAAUGCCACAUGAUGAAGGAAUUCGGCAGAGGCGGCGCGGCAGACUGCAGACGGCACGUUCAGAAGCUGAACGCCACCAGGGGCGCCAUGUUGGAAGAACCACAUGUCCGGUCGCUGAGGAAGCAGCCAGAAGAGGAAAGAAGAAGCGAAGGCCAGCAAGAAGUCCAUCCACAGGUGAGCCGCUGGAGCAAAUACGUCGCCGCACCUGAGGACGACGACGACGACCAAGAUGUACUUUCAAAGGACAUGCAAUGUUUCCGAGACAACAUCUUGACUGACAGAGAGAAGCAGCGUGAAGAUGCACCUCAGGCGAGGUCGACUGCUACUCCUGGCCCGCCGAGCGACGCCAACACGCGCAACGCUAAGCGACUUUUGCCUUUUGCUUCGGCGCCAGCGUCGUCGCUGGGAUGCGACACCGCCGCCGGCCUCAACGGCGCCGUCGCUUGGCGGGCCAAAGCCUUGUUGCCUGCCUCCUCCAGGUUUGACAGCGGAGAUGACUUUGACGUGAGCUUCUGAUGAAAACGUCGAUGACCUUCACUUAUUUCAAUUGGGCGUUAUUUUGCAAGUCUGGAAAAUUCCCCAAACUUUAUGUUGACCUUUUCAAAUAAAAUAAUCAGUCAAGCUGAGCAAA